AUGUUGCGGGUCGGAGGACCGAUGCGGGUUGGAGGAGCAACAGGGGGCACGAUGUCGGAGUGCAUAGCAGAGCUCCAGGAGAGCUCGUUGCCAGACGCCUUCAAGCUCGCGCAGGUUCGCUCCCUCGUGAGAUACAUCAAGGAGGUGGGUCUCCUGCAGAGGAGGAUCAUCGACGAGAGCGGGUUCGAGGCCGACACCAACUCUUACCUGGAGAUCCUGUGCGCAAAAGAAGACGGUGAUCUGAUGAGGAAGGUCUCCUCUACGCGGGUGCUUCGUCAGGACUACGACGAGAAGAGGUUAGAAUGGAAGAGGCAAAAGAAGAGCGUAAUCAAUGCCAUCGGGUCCAUGACCGCAAGGACGCUAAGGUUUGAAGACAAGGAGAGGAAGACCAUCGCGCUGCACGCGCUGGCCUUCUACAAGAGCAUAAUGGCCACAGAUGACGGAGCUAUCCCCGGCGAGAGCGAGAGCACGGAUUCCUUGAUGGAGCAAUACAAGAGGCACCGAAGCGAGAUCUCAAAGAUUCCGAUGUACGCCGACAGCAUCCUCAAGAUGCUCAAGGACAUCCGCAAGACCGUCCGCGCGUCUUCCAAGCUGCAGCCGGGGACCAACUCCUUCGCCCAGUUCCUUGAAGAGUGGUGGGCGUCCGUGGUACAGUUCCUGCAGCAGUCGUCGAUCGUGGAAGCCGAAAAGAACGCCAGAGAGGUCAUGCAGACCCUCAAGAAGCUCAAGGGCAAGCAGGAAGAGGGCAAGAAGAGGGAGAUCUCACGCCUGCUGUCCAAGCUGGACGACAACGCCAGCAUUGACCAGCACCUCCCGGUGGGAUACUUGUCCGAGGAACUGCCACCGGAAGCGGCUGGUUUUCCUCCUUCGGACGAGUCCAAAACUCCGGAAGAAACUUCUAGCAUGUGA